AUGUCGGACGUAGAAGACAACACCCCCGAGGUCGCCGAUGUUGUUGAGGUUUCCGGCGAUGCCCCCAAGGGCCAGAUGUCCAUUCUUGACGCUCUCAAGGGUGUCCUGAAGCUCGCUCUCAUGCACGAUGGUCUCGCCCGCGGCCUCCGAGAGGCUUCCAAGGCCCUCGACCGACGACAGGCUCACAUGUGUGUCCUGAACGAGAACUGCGAGGAGGAGGCCUACAAGAAGCUUGUUGUCGCUCUCUGCAACGAGCACAACAUUCCCCUGAUCCAGAUCCCCGAUGGCAAGCAGCUCGGCGAGUGGGCUGGUCUCUGCGUCCUCGACCGUGAGGGCAACGCCCGCAAGGUCGUCAACUGCUCUUGCGUCGUUGUUAAGGACUGGGGUGAGGAGUCUCAGGAGCGAUCCAUCCUCCUGAACUACUUCCAGACCGAGCAGUAA